AUGAGCAUUUUACGCCGAAGCCAAUUGUGGACGCAUGGAGUUUUGAGCAGCUCUUCGAGCUAUUGUUCGCACAGUGUGCUGUUUCAUAAUACUGUGGUAUACAUCAGUAGGCAAAAAUGUCCAAAAUUCAGAAAUCUGACCGUUGAAGCUGCUUCUUCUUCUGCGGGGGGUUCGAGGCGGAGGGUUUAUAAUCAGUCCGAACCUCAAGGUCCGGCCAUUCCUGUGAAGGAGAUUGUUUCUUUUGUGGUUCCAGCAGGCGCAUUCGUCGUCGUUACUUUCGGUAUGAGCCUGACAGUUUUGUGGAAACUGGUGGAGAAAGUCCUUGCAAAACCAACGAGGCCUUCGUCAGCGGAAAACCCAUCUUCUCAAGGAAUGAAAUGGUCCAUCGCACCAGGAACAAAUUUGUUACCUGGGUUUGGUGCAAAAGUUGAAAGAGAGUCCAAGCAGAGGCUCAAUGAAUUUGCCAAACAACUUCGGUCAUUCAGAAGCAUUGACAUGUCAGGUUGUAAUUUUGGAGACGAUGGACUAUUUUUUCUCGCUGAGAGCUUAGCAUACAAUCAGAUUGCGGAAGAAGUGAACUUUGCUGCCAAUGGAAUAACUGCCGAUGGUUUGAAAGCCUUUGAUGGUGUUCUGCAAUCAAACAUCGUACUAAAUACUCUUAACCUGUCAGGAAAUGCCAUUGGAGACGAAGGAGCCAAGCGCCUAUGUGAUAUACUGGUGGAUAAUGCUGGUAUUCAAAAACUACAGCUAAAUAGUAUUGGAUUGGGAGAUGAGGGAGCAAAGGCCAUAGCUGAGAUGUUGAAGAAAAAUUCAAGCAUACGUGUUCUUGAACUUAACAACAAUUUGAUUGACUAUUCUGGAUUUUCAGGUCUUGCUGGAGCACUUCUUGAGAAUAAAACUGUACAAACCUUAUAUCUCAAUGGCAAUUAUGGUGGUGCAUUGGGGGCGGCUGGUCUGGCUAAAGGGCUUGAGGGGAACAAAUCUUUGAGGGAGCUUUAUUUGCAUGGAAACUCUAUUGGAGAUGAAGGAGUCCGCGCCUUGAUGUCUGGAUUAUCUUCACGUAAAGGAAAACUUACAAUUCUAGACCUUGGAAACAACGCUAUUAGCUCAAAAGGUGCCUUUCAUGUUGCUGACUAUGUCAAGGGAAGCAAAAGCUUAUUAUGGUUAAAUCUUUACAUGAAUGACAUUCAAGAUGAGGGAGCUGCAAAGAUAGCAGAUGCUUUGAAGCAGAAUCGCACAUUGACGAACGUAGAUCUGUUGGAACUUGGUUAUAAUCCCAUUGGACCUGAUGGAGCAAAAGCUUUAUCUGAAGUUCUCAAGUUUCACGGAAACAUAAAAAGCCUCAUGCUUGGUUGGUGUCAGGAGCUUUAUUUGCAUGGAAACUCUAUUGGAGAUGAAGGAGUCCGCGCCUUGAUGUCUGGAUUAUCUUCACGUAAAGGAAAACUUACAAUUCUAGACCUUGGAAACAACGCUAUUAGCUCAAAAGGUGCCUUUCAUGUUGCUGACUAUGUCAAGGGAAGCAAAAGCUUAUUAUGGUUAAAUCUUUACAUGAAUGACAUUCAAGAUGAGGGAGCUGCAAAGAUAGCAGAUGCUUUGAAGCAGAAUCGCACAUUGACGAACGUAGAUCUGGGGGGGAACGACAUCCAUGCCAGGGGGGUUGGUGACAUAGCCCAAGUUUUGAAAGAUAAUUCUGUUAUUACCAAUUUGGAACUUGGUUAUAAUCCCAUUGGACCUGAUGGAGCAAAAGCUUUAUCUGAAGUUCUCAAGUUUCACGGAAACAUAAAAAGCCUCAUGCUUGGUUGGUGUCAGAUAGGAGCAAAGGGUGCAGAGUUCAUAGCAGAUACUUUGAAGUACAAUAAUACAAUAUCAAAUUUAGACCUGCGAGCAAAUGGACUUAGAGAUGAAGGUGCCAUCUGCCUAGCUCGCAGCUUGAAGGUGGUUAAUGAAACUUUGACGACACUUGAUUUAGGGUUUAAUGAAAUUAGAGAUGAAGGGGCUUUCGCCAUUGCUCAAGCACUCAAGGCUAAUGAAGAUGUGAGAUUGACAUCUCUAAAUCUUACCAGCAACUUCCUUACCAAAUUGGGUCAGAGUGCUCUUGCAGAUGCAAAAGACCAUGUAUAUGAGAUGAACGAAAAGGAAGUCACAAUUGUUUUCUAGAUGACUAGACCUAAAGAGGGAAUACUAUCUUUUGUGUUAAUAUAUUGUUGAAAGAAGGCCAUAUAUUUGGUCAACCCUUCUUUCGGGGAAGUAUGAGUAAAGAUUCGUUGCCCUAGUUCCCAUUCUUUGAGUUCAAGGGGGACUUUGAAAAUUUUGUCAUUGAGAGAUUAUAGCGAGCUUUUAGUCUGUUCUGGUUAAAUUUUUGAACCUUUUUUUUUCAUGAUGCAAGCCAAAAGUUUAUCGUUAGGUCUGUCUCUGUUAGGCAGCUGAUGAUAUAAUAGAUUCACUAAGUUUUCAUAUGAUUAUGUUUUUGGAUUAGUAGUAUUAUUUCUCAAGUUCUUGGUAAUGGGCCUGUUGGCGUCUUGAGACUCUUGACUUGUCGAGUUCUUCAUUGUAGUCUACCAGCUAUGUUCCGUGGAUACACGUCUGUUUCAGGUUCAUACUUCAUUGGUUCCCUCUUCUUUUUCCUUUUACCUUAAUUGUAACAGUGGA